AUGGCGCUCUUGGCGUUCCGUGACCGGCUCGAGCACAUGGAGCGCACUCGUAACCAAUGCCUCUCUCUCCUUGAGGCGGAGAAAGAAGCACAGGCGAACAAGUCUCAGGAGCUGGCGUCGAAGCUCGCGGGCAUGGGAGUGAUGGAGCAGCGGUGCUUGGUGCUGGAGCAGAAGAUCACAGCCCAAAGCUUCAAGAUCUGGGCGCUUUGGUCCAAGAUCGAACGGCUCGACGCGAAAUCUCAUAAUUAUUCAGACAAAUUCAGGGUUUUGAAGAGUGAGGUGGAGGAGCUGAAGGAGACGAGGAGGUACUAUGAGGUGAAAGGGUCUGAAAUGAUGGAGUUUAAGCAAAAUGUGGAGAAGUUUGGUUGGGAAUGUCAAUUGGAGAUUGAGAAUUUGAGGAGUGGCAUCAAUGAGGUCAAGUCGAGCUUUGUGGAGUUUCAAGGCAGUGACAAUUGCACAAGUAACAGUGAGAUAGCUGCAGCUGAGAAGAGAAAGUCUGAGCUUUUAGCCAUGAAGGAUGAAGUGAACAGAAAGCUGGCUUCCAAUUACCAAACAAGAGCCAUGUUCCAAAAGCAGCUUCAGAACAUUCUAAUUGCCAAUCCUCAACAUUAG